GCUUCGAGCCGGCCCGCCCACCGCCCAGUAGCCCAGCGGACGGGAGCGUGAUCCCCCGAGACCAAAGAUGGCACUGGUGAUGGAGCCCAUUAGCAAGUGGACAGCCAAGCAGGUGACCACGUGGAUGAAAGGGCUGGACGACUGCCUUCAGCAGUACAUCAAGAGCUUCGAGAGGGAGAGGAUCAGCGGGGACCAGCUGCUCCACAUCACGCACCAGGAACUCGAGGAGCUGGGCGUCACCCGCAUCGGACACCAAGAGCUCAUCCUGGAGGCCGUGGACCUGCUCUGCGCUCUGAAUUACGGUCUGGAGACGGAGAACCUGAGAACGCUGUCUCACAAGCUGAACGCCUCGGCCAAAAACCUCCAGAACUUCAUCACGGGCAGGCGGCGGAGCGGACACUAUGACGGCCGGGCCUCCCGGCGGCUCCCCAAUGACUUCCUCACCUCCGUGGUGGAUCUGAUCGGGGCCGCCAAGAGCCUGUUGGCCUGGCUCGACAGGUCUCCAUUUGUCAGCGUGAGCGAGUACUCCCUGCUGAAGAACAACAUCAUCCAGCUGUGCCUGGAACUCACCACCAUCGUACAGCAGGAUUGCACGGUGUAUGAAACAGAAAACAAGAUUCUACACGUGUGCAAAACCUUGUCCGGGAUCUGUGACCACAUCAUCUCGCUGUCAUCUGACUCGCUGGUGUCCCAGUCAGCCCACCUGGAGGUUGUCCACCUCACCAGCGUGCUUCCUGGAGAGGGCUUGGGGAUGUACAUUAAAUCCACCUACGACGGACUGCACGUUGUCACCGGGACGACAGAAAACUCUCCAGCGGACCAGUGCAAGAAGAUCCACGCGGGGGAUGAAGUCAUCCAGGUCAACCAUCAGACAGUGGUGGGCUGGCAGUUAAAGAACCUAGUCAACGCCCUGCGGGAAGACCCCAACGGAGUCGUUUUGACCUUGAAGAAGAGGCCACAGAACACCCUGGUCUCCGCCCCGGCCCUCCUGAAGAACGUCCGCUGGAAGCCACUGGCUCUCCAGCCCGUGAUUCCCACCAGCCCACCAAGCACCAUGGGUCUGUCUUCCAAGUUGGAUGGCUCCGGCCUCCAUGACGUGUUCAUCUUCUCCCCCGUGGCUGGACUCUAUGGCCCCAGGGAUGACAUCGGGAGAAUGUCCUGCGACGACAUCAGCAAGUUCGGCCUCGGCAAACCCGGGAUGAAGGCCUCCGACUCCCCGAGCUACUUCCUGGAGCCCGAGAGUGGGAAGUGCUACACACUGGUGGAGGGAGAAGGAGGUCCCCCUCUGGGCUCCGAGUUCGAGAGGGGCCGAGCUGUGGGCAUGCGGAGGAGGGAGAAAACGCCGACCCAAGACUCCGAGAAUGCCCUCCUGCACUACCUGAGCGACGACAAGAUCUUGGUGAUCCAGGAGGAGGCCGCCAUGCAGAAGGAUGGCAAGAGAGACACGGGAGGCCGGAGGUCCAGGAAAAAGGGCAGGGGGCCCACCAGCCCCUCCCGGCCCCUCAGCCCGACCUUGCUGACCACCAGUGGGACCGCCCGGACGGAUCCAGGGCACCAGGAAGGCGGUGGCUUUGCCCCGGCUGAGAGCCACACGGUGCCACUCUACCACCGAGCUGGAGACCUUGGUGGUGGAGAUUCAGAAAGGUAUGCUAGUUCGGCCAGUGACCGCCCAGGAAGCUCAUCCAUGAGAAAGUCUUUCCACUACGCCUCCUUGAGAGUGAAAACCAAAAAAUGGUCAAAAGGGGGCUCGCUGACCAGUGGCAGCCGGAGGCGGAUUUCCUGCAAGGACCUGGGCCACGGCGACUGCGAAGGCUGGCUGUGGAAGAAGAAAGAUGCCAAGGGCUACUUCACCCAGAAGUGGAAGAAGUACUGGUUCAUCCUGAAGGACCUGUCCCUGUACUGGUACACGAACCAGAACGAUGAAAAAGCAGAAGGGUUCAUCAGCCUGCCCGAAUUCAGGAUCGACCGAGCGGUGGAGUGCAGGAGGAAACACGCCUUCAAAGCGUGUCAUCCCAAAAUCAAGAGCUUCUACUUCGCCACGGACUGCCUGGAGGAGAUGAACCGGUGGAUGAACCGCCUGGGGCUGGCGGCCAUCGGCUACACCCCCGAAGACAAGGACGUCCGGCCCGAUGAAGCAGAUUACUGGAGCGAAAGUGAUCAGGAUGACAUGGAUGGUUCGUUGACCCUGAAGCACGAGGGGCCCCCCGCCCUGGGAGGUGCUAACCACCGGACCCCCUCCGCGACUUCCUCCUCCGUGCCCUUUCCCGAGCCCGGGCCCAGGCGGCAUUUCUCCAGCCAGUCGGCCUACAGCCAGCGGUCUGCCGAGGAGGCCCGCCCGUCCUGCCGGGAGAGACGCUCGUGGCAGGACCUCAUCGAGACGCCCCUGACCAGUACCGGCCUGCACUUCCUGCAGACCGUCCCCUCCGAGGCAGGCGGAGGGUCCCCGGACCAGCGGCGGCAGGCCACGCUGCCCAUCCAGAGGCAGCCCGCCCGCGAGCGGGACGGGCCCUUCCCGCUGCUCGGGGGCCAGCGUGGAUCCGGCGGCGACCAGGCCCGGGCCCAGAAGCCACGCAGCCAGAGCCUCCCGCGGAACCGAGACGUGGCGGGCCAGGGCCGGGGGCCGAUCUCCCCGUGGCCGACCGACCGGCCGGCCCUCCUGGAGACGGACGGCUGUGGCCCGGAAGCGUCUUCCCAGGAGAGCCGGGAGAGCAGCCCCGACGGGCUGAGGGAGCUGUACCAGUCCUUGGAGCAGGCCAGCGUGUCCGCCUUCGGCGAGCAGCGGCCCUCCACCAGGCAGGAGUUCCGCAGCUCCUUCGUCAAGAGGUGCAACGACCCCGUCGUCAACGAGAAGCUGCAUCGGAUCCGCGUGCUCAAGAGCACGCUGAAGGCGAAAGAAGGGGACCUGACCAUCAUCAACCACCUCCUGGAGGACCCCACCCUGACGGCCAAGAAGUUCAAAGAGUGGAAGCUCAAGAACUAUGAGUUCUUCCUGGACGUCUGUGAGUACAGCAGCGGGCCGGCUCCCCUCGAGGGGCCCUCUGAGCGGCCGUCGUCUCCGCCGCCCCCGACGCUGACUCACACACACUCCUUCAUUGAGACGCACGUCUGACCCGGCCCCGCGCCAUAGAAACACUCGAGGAGCUGGACUCGGGGGGACGAGGACGCGAGGGGAGCCGCGUUGCCUGAGGAGCCGGGGCCGUUCCCCCGGGAGUUAUCUCCCGCUCCGUCCCGCCAAGGCGCGUGCGGCUCGGCCUGAACACAGCCUAGGGAGGAAGCGGGAGGCCUCUGAGGUAUUUUUCUCUCCCCCUUGGCGAUGGCAGAGAGGCCCCCAGAUGGAUGAAAGAUACACCUUCUUCCCUACCUAGAACAGAGUCCCAUGGGGGGCGGGAAGGGGGGUUGGGAAGGGGCUGACGAUUCCCGUCCCGCCCAUGCAACCCCUGGCAUCUUCUCCCCAGAAGCCCACAGGCCCCUGUCCCGGGGCCACAUGGCUCUCCGGCCCUGCGCCGCUCCGAGGAGCUGAGCCGGUAGUGGUCAGGGGCCGAGCUGCCCGUGUAGUGUGCCUUACUGAGGGGGGUGACUUUUGUGGCGGGGCAGCAGCCCGGCCACCCAGCAGGCUCCUGCGAAAGAAGGGGAGGGGGCGAGGGGACAAUCUCUCAUUCUCUCUCCCAACUCAACUUGGGCCCAGGACGCGGGGCCAGAGUUAGGAUGAUGACAGUGAGGGCGUCCCUGCCCUCAACAGGCAAUUCCCCAGCCCUCGAGGGCAGCCCCGGUCCUCCCCCCACCCAACCCCUUCCCCUCCUACACCCUCACCGGAGCCAUCCGGCGACCCCGAGCCGACGGGCUGUUUGGGCUGGGAUUGGCAGUUGCGAGCAGGUGCUACCCCCUCCCCCCCCCCGCCACCCACUCUGUGCUGGAAAAGUGCCACCCACCUCCCACAACGAGAGCCCCCCCUCGCCUUCCCGAGACAUUCCCAGGAAGUUCCCGAGGCGUACCCAGUAGAGCGGCCCAGGAGAACUGGGCUGGGGCUGCAGCCCACCGACAAAAUCCAGAGCCACUGUGAAGGCGGCCCCUCCCCACACCCCGGGUCCCUCCUCCGACCCAAGGUGGGCCUUCAGGAGCCUUCGAGGUGCAGACCCCCAGCGCCGUGGAGCUGAAGAAGAGGGUCACUCCGUUUCCCCCGGCCCGUCUGGGACCGUGCCACGGGAGCAAGGGCUCCAUUCAUUCAUUCAUUCAUUCAAUCGUACUUAUUGAGCGCUUACUGUGUGCAGAGCACUCU